AUCCGCCAUAUUGAAUAAUGUAAAGGAAAUUACAUGUUUAUUUCUUUCUUUUCUUCAACUAAAAUCGUCAGUAAAAAUUGUUUUGAUAUAUUUUAUUUUGCACUAGAAAAUGGAUUCUCUCGUCGGAUAUGGUAGUGAUGAAGAAAAUGAAACUGAACGAUAUGCAGGAGGACAGUCUUCGGUUGGGGGUACGAGAAGCCGCCGUGAGGACGAUACAAACUACGAUGACGUCAACAUGGAUAUGAGUGAGGAUUCUCAGGAGUCGGAGCCGGAGUUGCCGCAGGCGGAGCCCGCGCCCCCUUCGCACUCGAGGGAUGACCGCAGGGGAUCAGAUGAGAGGUGCGAGCGAGACAGACGUCGUCGCGACCACCACCGCCGCCGCGACUCGCGCGACAGAGAUCGCCGCUCGCCGCGCAGAGACGACAGAUACAACAGGGGGGAUCGUAAUGAGCGGGAUCGCGGGCGCGGUGGCGGAAGUGGCAGCGGGAGCGGUAGCGGUGGCGACAGCGGAUCUCGACGCGGACUACUCGGCGAUAGACCUGAUGACCGACACGCCGACUCCAAGGUGCCAGCGCUAAUGGAUCUGAAGCCAUUCGGUGGUGAACCCCCGCCGGCAAUAGAAUCUCGCCGCUCACAGGAUGCACGCGACGCCGUCUCACCCAGGUUUGCGGACAGGCGUGAUAGAGACAGAAGUGACAGAGAUAGAGGGGAAAGAGAUAGAAAUGACAGAGAUAGGGAACGUGACAGAGAUAGAAAUAGUCGUCGCUCUGAAGAGAAAUGGUCGUACAGUGAGAGACAUGAUCGUCGGGACAGGUCGCGGUCUCGUGGCGCCGCCUUCCCUCCGCCCUCCACUUCCAGCUCGAAUGACAGACGUGGAUCACCGUCCGGUGAUUACAGGCCGUCCUCCUACAAAGUCAACAAGAAACUUGAAGUAAUGGAGAAAAUGGGGCUGCAGAUAAAGACCCCAGACGGUAGUAUGGCGACCGCGCAGCAGCUUCGGGCCGCCGCCGGAGACUCUGGGGCUCCGAACUAUACGCCCAUACCCGCCUCCGCCAAACUGCUCGACCAGCUGCAGAAACGCAAGUUGCUGUGGUCCAACAAGGGCAAGAGUGAGGCCGAAGAGGCAGCCAAGUGGACCGGCGCAAGAUUCGCGCAGGACAACGACGGCAAGCAGGCCUCCAAGUUCAUGAGACUAAUGGGUAUCAAGGAGCCCGCGGCUGUGAAACCUGAAGUUCCUACUGCAGACCCGAUCAAGAAACAAGAAGAAUUGUUCCAAGCAAUGCAAGCACAGUAUGAUGUAGCCAGAGCCACCACGCACACUAUGAGAGGAGUUGGGCUUGGUUUCCAGCGGGGACAGUAUUAAUCAAUACAACCUCUUGACUUACUGAGUGCUCGCUCUAAACUGAUAAACAUAGUGUCUACUAAAACAUGAAAAAUGUAAGAUUGUUCUUGUGAAUGGCUGUGUUAUAUGUUAAUGGUGUGGAAAGUGCAAGUGACUGAAACUAAAGAUAUAUAUGAGUUGUUUUGGAGUACUGUGAAUAGUGGCCUCUGUUGCUGGUCAAAGUGAAUAAUGAUGAUAAAAAUUUACCCUAAACGUUUGGGAAACUUUUGGAAUCUGCAUCACCAUUUACUUCACAAAGCACAUGUUACCAUCAAUAAUUGGUAAAAUUAUAAUGGUACCUGUAUUCAACAUGCUAUUAAAGGGUUAAUCAGCAUUGUUGUAAUUCUAC